AUGCUAACGCAGGAUUCAUCAAACUCGACUCAACGAUGUUGUUGGUGAUCUGCAUCUCAGAGGCACAGACACAGUGAAAAUGAAUUGUUUCGUCCUGAUCUGUUCUGCUUGUGUGUGAUUUAAAAUACAACGCUCUCAACCAAUGUCCUUCUUUUUCUUAAACAAGUAGAGCGCCUCCUGCUAACGCAAUGGUCAUUAGAGUUAUCAUGCCGACGCCGUUGGCUGACCAAGCCUGCAGCGCAGCGACAGCGUUAUCGCUCGAUGUUGAGGAUGCAGCUGAGCCGGUGCUGGUAGCAGUGCCUGAAGCGGUGCCGCUCGAUGAGGAGUCGGCCUUGGAGUCGUUGCUCACAAGCGCGGAGAGUUUGUCGUCGUCGACGAAUGAGGCCUUCACCGAGGUUGCGUUCUUGCAGUCGCUGGGAGGAUCGGCCUUGCCCUUGACGAAGUUGGCAGCGAUGCACUGAGUUUAUUAGCAUUUGACUUAUGAAGGUACCUAAGUUUAGAAGCAAGGACAUACCUGGUAGAGAAGACCGUCGACGGCAGAGGACACAACGUUCACCCAACCCUUCUUACCAGCAUACUUCUCAGGGACAGUGACCUGCGGCUGGCAAAAGGCACCAAGACCGCUCUGCUGAACGAUAGGAAAGACCUGCUCCCAAUCGCCAUCGGCCUUCUCGUUGAGCGUCACGCGGAAGAGCCAAUUGCCCUGCUGAUGGGUAGAUAGCAGAGCGAUAGCCUCGCCGCCGACGUGGAAGUCGACGAGCUUGUCCUUGGAGAGGUCGGGCGUGAAGCCGCCGCAGGGAGAGUCGCCCUCGUUGUCGUCCUUGAAACCGAUGGUCUCGGGAUACUUGACUUCGAAGUGGGCGAGGGAGAUGCCGCACAGGAGAGCGGUCGAGAAGAGAGUAGAGGAGCGCAUUUUGUAAUGUGGUAUGGGGAUAAGUGUUGUGAGUGGUUUGAGUGAGCUGUGCUGGGUUGGAGUUGGUGGGCGGCUGAGCUGCUUUUGUAGGAGUUGCGGAUAUCGGCAAGGGGAUAAGGGAGAGGCUGAGCUAGUGUGAGCUGUGUUUCGCUAACAAGGUGUGUAUGUUACCGUGUUGGAUAUCAGCCCGUUGUGAGAAAUGACCUUCUGUUGCGAUCAUUUAACUCAAAUACUUUAAGUUAAUAACAUUUUCGACUCAUGUAGUAGUCAGAUCUUAUAUCUAACUCAAGUCACACGCAUUUCCAGUUUCACAGCAUGAAUACACAACAUCUGCAAACUCCCCAUCAUGAAAGCUACGUCAUUGAGGCUCUGUGCUCCCAUGAUGAACCCUCCCAUCAAUGCAAGCCAUCUUCACUAGCCUGAAGCAAUUCACGCCAAUUCCCCAUCAAACGUGCAUCCAAAACACCCAACGCCUCACAAAAGUCAAUUCUGCAACAGCGCAGAGACUUUUCCACCGCAGAGUCUAGCAGUGUAAGCCUCCAUCGCCAAAUGCCGUGUUAGUGGUGAGCACGUUUCUUUUCUAGACCCCAAGAGUUCUAGACCUCGCAGGGGAAAAAAACAGGGGUCCUUGACAUGUGGAGGAGCCAAUCAGAAGGGGAGCGUGCACGGACCUGAGGUUAUUUGAGCAAGUUUCUCUGGUGUUAGUGAGCGAGUUUUUUGUCAGACCAUGAGGAAGUCGAAAUCACAGUGAGAAGGUUUGAUGAAUGAAUGGUGAUAAGUAUCGGAUAUUCGGCAUGAACGGAUAGGACGGAUAUAGUUUUGGGGGAGAUUUGAAAAAAGAGAUGGUAGUUGAGGGUUUGAGUUUGAGUUUUGGUAAUUUCAUGCGCAAUUUGGCCGUUGUUCGACGUUUCUACUGCCGGGUGUAGCCUCAAACUAUCAAGCUCGCAUCGCUUGAUUGCACCAAUCUAAAGAGGUUAGUUGCAGAUACAAGCGAUCUGAUGGGUAUCUCGCCUCGUCUGGCAAUCAAUCAAUCACACUCCGCGGGGUUUGACUCUUCUUCACUACCUUUUCCAACAUCAGCACUCGGGCUUUUUCAUACCCGGCGACCUGUGACUUUGAUAUCUUGUUCGAUACAGUCACCGUAAGCGGUUUCAUCAUAUCAAAUUGCUCAUUCAUUCUCACCUGACACACAGUCGAAGGGAAACUGGACACUUGCACUCGAACAAAACUUGGCUUGCUUGCAGGUAACAUGAGUAACUGAAGCGCAAGACCAUACCAUCAUUGCAGGACUGUUUACGAGCCAGAGACACGCUUGCUCUAUCACGACGCUGGCCGUCUGAAUCUUCCCUUGAACCUAAGUCACAUCGAACCCGCGCCACUGGCGCAUCAGAGCCCAUCAUGGAUAUGGACCACAUGCAUCAUGACCCCGGCCUGCGGAUGGAUGUCAACUAUGCCUUUGCUCGUGGCUACUGGUAUACCAUCGCUGGUGUCGUCGGCGCACUCGCCGCUAUUCGUGGCAUCAACUACCUCGACGCUCAGCAAAGAUUAAAAGCAUGUCGCGAUCCGUCAAUAGACCAUCCAACACGUCCACGAGGAGCUUUCAGUCAAGCAUGGGCAACAGCAACCGCCGUCGUUCGCGAAAUGGGCCAUCCACAAUAUUACAUCCCCAUCAAUGGCCUUCGAUGGGCAACGCCGCUUCCACUCGGUCGAAUCAUCGUUCUAGCAUGUUACUGGGUCGUUAUUGUCUAUUUGAUGAGUUGGCAGGUUUCAAAAAACGAUGUGUAUUACUGGGAGCGCAUCGGAUAUCGCAACGCUUGGGUCACUCUAACCCAGUUCCCGCUGCUCUACCUUUUGGCGACAAAGGUCAACGUUAUCGGAUUCUUGAUUGGGAGCAGUCAUGAGAGGCUUAACUGGCUGCAUCGAUGGAUUGCGCGAACGAUGUUUGUCACUGCGACGGUUCAUGGCUUUCACUUCUGGACUAUGUGGGUGCGCGCUGAAUUCCUUGACUACGCUCUUCAGAUUAUGCCGCUCGUCAAGUAUGGACUUGCAGCUUGGGCAAUUCUGCUCUGGAACGUCGUCACUGGUAUUGUUCCCAUUCGAAGGCUUUCGUAUGAGGUUUGGGUGGCUCAGCAUGUGCUUACAAGCAUCAUCAUGUUGUGGUUGCUCCACAAGCAUAUUCCCUCGAAUGCUCGAUGGCUUCUAUGGAUGAGUAUUUCGUUCCUAGUUUUCGACCGCGCCCUGAGAUGGGUACUUCUCCUUUGGCAAAAUGUCCGUGUUCGCCCACAAGGAACAGAGUGUCAAGGCAUGAAACACCUUGGACAUCGAGUCGUUGCCCGUGCCGUUGGACAAGCCACCACUGUUGUUACCAUCAAGGAUGUACACUUCAAGUGGAAGGCAGGACAGCAUAUUUACAUCUGGGUCCCGCGUCUCGGACCCUUCGAAGCGCACCCAUACACAAUCGCAUGUGCGCACAAACUCGAAGGCGCAUGCUGCUGCAACAGUAUACAGCUUGUCGUGCGCGCCCAUAACGGAUUCUCCAAACGACUACACGACUUUGCGACAAAGAAUUCAGGGUCCGAACUUACAGGCUUCGUGUCGGGGCCAUACGGCGUUCCUCCGAAAUGGGAUAUUUACGAAACGCUGGUACUAAUUGGGGCGUCAACUGGAGCCAGCUUCGUUGUUCCCAUCCUUGAAAGCAUUGCGGCGGCGCAAAAGUCGAAUUGCACACGAAGAGUUGAAAUUAUUCUCGUUGCGAGAACAUCUCAAGAAAUCGAAUAUUACGUCGAAAGGGCCGAAGAGGCUGGCAGAAUGGUACGAGCCAAAGGCGUCGGUGUAAGCAUCCAUAUCGCCAUAACAAGCUCCAAUCAAACAGGCCCGGUCUUUGCUCGAUCAGAGUCCUCAAACACAAGCGACUCAGACGACAUCCAACCCGUCAAGGGACCAACAACAGGAUGCUGCUGCAGCGCAAACGGUCCAGACGAGAAAGGCUGUCCAAGCGACUCUCCCUGCCGCGGGAAGACAACCGCCACUGUUCCAGAGCUCAUCCGCGAAUACACGUGCAGACCAGACAUCGAGGCCAUGAUUCGCGAGCCGGUGGAGCAGGCUUGGGGAGAAACAGGGGUGGUUGUUUGCGGCGGGCGCGAGAUAGUGGCACGGACGAGGAAUUGCGUGAGUCGUUUGAGCGAUGAGCGAGCUGUGCAUAAGGGGACGGGAGCGCAGGGGAUAUAUCUGCAUGUCGAGGAGUAUUCGUUUUAAAUUUAGGGUCGAUAGAUAAUGAUGAUGUUAUGAUUGAUGUUAAGCGCAGUCAAGUGAAGUGGUUGAACGGGACAGGGAUUAGUCCGUGGCGGUUAGAAUGUGGUGGUGGUGUGCUACGGCAACAAGCCCACCUCAGGAUGGCAGACCAGGGGGAUCAAACAGAAGCCUCCACUGUCGGUUAACAAAUACAUACUGCACUGAAUGCAUUGACGUA